AUGAAGUAUCUGAGGCUGCCGAGGCUGACCAAGAUGGCCGUCUUCCUGCUUCUGGUGGUUGACCUGGCCAUCGUGGGAAUGCUUGUUUACACACUCGAGCCUCUCAUCACUCUCCUGCGCAGAAACGAGGAGUUGUUUACGCCCACAGUCACCCUGCCUCUCAACGGCACCGCGAGCGCGUCGUCCUACUCUGGCGAUCUGAGCCGGCAAAAGAUUCCUCGCAUUCUGCACCAGACCACCAAGAACAGCACGAUUCCCGAGAAAUGGAUCAAAUCGCAGCAGAGCUGCAUGGAAACCUAUUCGGACUUUGAGUACAAGCUGUGGACCGACGAGUUGGCUCGCGACUUCAUCUCUUCCGAAUAUCCUUGGUUCGUGGACAACUGGGACGGCUACGCAUUCCCCAUCCAGCGCGCCGAUGCCAUCCGCUACUUCGUUCUGCACCACUAUGGAGGCAUCUACCUCGACAUGGACACCUUCUGCAACGAGCCCAUCCCUCUUGAGCAGCUCGAGGCUGGCCCGUCGCCCCAUUACGCUCUCUUCAAGUCAACGCUGCCAACCGGUGUCACCAAUGAUUUUAUGAUUUCGACCGCACGACACCCCGCUUACGCAGCCGCCGUCUCCAAGCUGCCAUUCUUUUACGACAUCACCCGAUUUUGGGCUGAAAUCCAGCCCUAUGCCAACAUUAUGAUGUCUUCUGGCCCGCUGUUCCUCAGUCUCGUGGUCAAAGACUACUUGCUUGGGCAGCCCUCUUUGCCUUCGCCGACGGUAGAGGUCAUCCAUCCUUCUGAACUGGAGUCGUACAUUACCGAUCUCGAGAGUGCUACAUGGCACAAGGCAGACGCUCAUGCCUUGAUGUGGCUAGGAACUCGACCAUGGACUUGGUUCUUGGGUGGAGCGAUAGCGCUACUCGCCAUUUUGUACUUGAUCAACUACUUGCUGCUGAUAACCUGUGAAGCUUUUCUUCGCAAGGUUCCCUCCAUCACGUAUGCCAUCAAAGAGAGCAAGUUGGCAUAAGGCGGGGAUUGCUUUUUGUUUUGAGUAUAUUCGUGUACAUAUACAUCUUGGCGAUACUGGUUGCAUCUUUUCACACUGAGAAUCAAAUGGGUCUGAUUUACGACAUGGAGUAUAUUUUGGGGGGCAAUCAAGGACGGUGCUACGGAAUAACGAUCAAGAUCUGCGAAACACUCAAUAGGAGUCGGAUCAUAUUAUACUACCUAAUUCAAUGACAAAAUUUCAAGCAUA